AUGAACUCAAAAAUUAAAAUUGAAACUUUUGAGAAGAAUUUAGAGGUGAUUAGCAAAGCACAAGCAGGUGAUAUGUUGAAAUUUCAACGAGGUUUGCACAGUCAUUGGGGGAUUUAUACAGGAAAUGGUGAAAUAAUUCAUCGAUGGGAUCCUAAUGGUGAUAUGAGCAAUGCUCAAGUUUGGAAAUCAAAAAUAAACGAUAUAAUGGCGUACGAUGGUGAUCUUCAAAUCCACAAUUUUCUUGAUGACAAAAAAAAACCAUUACCAAUUUCAGUUAUUGUUGAAAAGGCUGAAAAUGCUCUCGGUACAAAAGGUUAUGGUUUACUUGACAAAAAUUGCGAACACUUCGUAACUGAAUGCCGUUAUGGUCAAGCAACUUCUCGUCAAGUAUGA